GCAAGUCCUCUGGGAGGAACAAGUGACAUCAUGAAGUGGGGAACGUCUAUGCUCUUGCUGGUUCUAUUAGGUUUUGCUGAAUCAAAAAUACUACACACAAGUGCCUCCGGUAUAGCUUCAACAAGUUCUUCCCAAUGUGCCACAGAAGGAAACUUGGCUGACAUUGCCACCAUAUUUUUUACCCAGUUUAUUCCAGGAGCCACUUACCAGGAAAUAGGCAAACUGGUUAAAGAUUUCUUAGCUGAUUUCGAGAAACUUGUGGCUGAGAAGCCCAAAGACUGUUUAGAAAAACAGCUACUUGUCUUCUUGGAAGAAAUUUGUCAUGAUAAAGACAUCUCUGAAAAGCAUGGGUUUGCUGGCUGCUGCAGCAAAGCCGGAAGUGACCGAUUAGAGUGUUUGCUGGCUCACAAAAGGAGGGGCAAUGCAGCAUCCAUCCCAGAAUUCCAAGUUCCAGAACCUACCCAGAGUUGUAAAGCACAUCAAGAGAAUCCAGUGACUUUCAUGAACAGAUAUAUCUAUGAAAUAUCCAGAAGGCACCCAUUCCUCUAUGCACCCACAAUCCUUUCUUUGGCCUCCCGAUAUGACAAGAUAAUCUCCAAUUGUUGCCAAGCUGAAAAUGCAGUCGAAUGUUUCCAUAACAAGGCAGCCCCAGUCACAAAAGAAUUAAGAGAAAGCAGUUUGAUCAGCCAACACAUAUGUGGGGUCCUGAGGAAGUUUGGAGAACGGACUUUUAAAGCCAUAAUACUUACCAAGUUAAGUCAAAAGUUCCCAAAGGCCAACUUUACUGUAAUUCAGAAUCUGGUGCUGGAUGGUGCCCAUGCCCACAUGGAAUGUUGUAAUGGCAAUGUCCCAGAGUGUGUGCAGGACAGGAAUGAAAUUAUUACCUACAUCUGUUCUCAAAAAGAUAGCUUGUCAAGUAAAAUCCAUGAAUGCUGUACAUUGCCUUUACAAGAACAGGGUGAAUGCAUAGUUACUGCAGAAAAUGAUGACCUACCAGGAGGCCUGACUCCUGACUUGAGAAGAUUUUUAGGAGAAAGAAAGUUCCACCUAUAUUCUUCAGAGGAAAAAGAUCUCUUCCUGGCAAGGUUUGUGUAUGAGUAUUCAAGGAGACACCAGGAGCUUGCCGUCCCAUUGAUUUUGAGGGUUGCAAAAGGAUACCAGGAAGCUCUGGAAAAGUGCUCCAAAGCCGAGAAUCCUUUGGAGUGUCAGGACAAAGAGGAAGAAGAACUAAACAAACAUGUUCAGGACAGCCAAGCACUGGCCAAACGGAGCUGUGGGCUCUUCCAGAAAUUAGGAGAAUAUCACUUGCAAAAUGUAUUUCUUGUGGCUUACACCAAGAAAGCCCCACAGCUGACCUCUCAAGAGCUGAUAGGCUACACCAAGAAAAUGGCAGCCACUGCAUCUUUAUGCUGCCAGCUCAGUGGGGAUAAACAACUGACUUGUGGGGAGGGUGCGGCUGACCUUAUUAUUGGGCAGUUAUGUGCAAGGCAUGAAGUCCAACCCAUAAACGAUGGUGUGGGCCAUUGCUGUGAUUCUUCCUAUGCCCACAGGAGACCCUGUUUCAGCAACUUGGUGAAAGAUGAAAAAUAUGUUCCUCCUCCAUUCUCUCAUGAACAAUUCAAGUUCCGUGAAGAUCUUUGCCAUGCUAAGGGGGAAGAGCUUCAGAAGAAGAAACAAGAGUUCCUGAUUAAUCUUGUCAAGCAAAAGCCACACAUAACUGAGGAACAACUGAAAGCAGUCACUGCAGAUUUCACAGGCCUAUUGGAGAAGUGCUGUAAAGGAAAACCAGAAAUUUGCUUUGCAGAAGAGGGUCCAAAAUUGAUCGCAAAAACCCAAGGGGCUUUGGGAGCUUAAGCUACUUCAGGGGGAAGAGAUGAAGAUGAAAUGAAAUCACCAAUCUGCUAUUUCUUUCUCUAUAUAUCUUUUAGUCAUGACAAUUUUAGUGAUAUUUUCAUAUUGUCAGUUAAAGAAAGAAUAUUUUUUUCUGUGAAAGUUCUGCAUGGAAAUAAAGCAUUCCUCAAAUCUUC